AUGAGCGUCUCGUUCAUGGAGUUGGGAUCAGCCGACUCUGCGGAAGCAGCAGCUAACAAAGUCGCUCUUCACGUCGAACAGAUGCUCGAGAGUUCGGAUUUUUUCGACCGUCUAACACAAACGGGAACCACGCCGGUGUCGGGACUCGGCGAGAAGUUCUAUGUGAAAGGAGCGCCAGAGUUUGUCAGCAAGAGAAAGAUGCCGAUACCCGGAGAACUUCAGAUGCAGAUGAAUAAUAUUCACAGCGAGUUCAGUAUGGGGUUCUUCAGACAGAUCAGUCGAGUAUGGGUUGUCAUCGACAACAACCUAUAUAUGUGGAACUACGAAACAAAUGAUGAUUUGGCAUUUUUCGACUCGUCAGACUCCGCGAUUCUGAAAGUGGCGUUGGUGGAUAUUAAACCAGGUGUCUUUGAAGACGAUAUUCGAUACGGACUCGUCGUUGGAACGAUUUCUGACAUAUGCCUCUACCCUGUGUUCGAUUCGGAAGAAAAUGGACAGAGCAAUAUCACAAUUGACUCUAAGCGAUGUUUCAAGAUUGCCUUGGAUGGUGCCACAGUUAACGAUAUUGCUUACACGAGCUGUGGACGUGUUUUCUACACUGCCGACGAUCAAUUAUUCGAAUUCGUCUACGAAAAGCAACACGGGUGGUUUGGAUCAACUAGUCACAAGUGUCGUGGAGUCAAUCAAACGGCUUCCAUUCUUGGCACAAUCAUUUCACUGCCAUUUUUCGGCUCUUCGAAAGAGCAGCUCGAUCAAAUCUCCAUGGAUCGAUCUCGAAAUCUCAUGUAUCUUCUCGGAAGAAAUGGAACUGUCAGCGUGUGGGAUCUGGGUGCCGAUGGGGCUGGCUGUCAGAAGUUUGUGAGCGUUCCGAUGUCAAAAAUUGCUCACGAAGCUCUCAUAUUGACCCAAUUCGGGCAUGAUGAAUCUUCUUUUCACAACAUCACCUCGAUCAAAGCUCUAGAAGCACAUCAAUCUGCAGCGUUGAAUUUAGUAGCUACAACUGCUAAAGGCGUGAGACUGUACUUCUCAGUAUCAACCGGACCACAAAACACCGUCGGACAGAUUAAUAACAACGGAAAAGUCAACGAACGAAAUCGUCCUCAAACUUCAGUCCGUCCUCAGUGCCUUCGAGUUGCUCAUGUACGUUUUGCUCCAGGUGUUACGCCGACAAGCAUUUACGGAGAUGGACCCAACGGUGUAUCUGUUGUUUAUAAUGAUGAAUCCAUCUGCGCUAUGGCUACUGCUAACCGCAAUACGAUCUUCACCUUCUCCAACUUCUUCUAUCCUGCCACUCAGUGUUUUGUGGAAUCAUCGGUGAGUUUUAUAUUUCAUAGGUUCUUAUGUAAGUUUGUUGUUUUUCAGACAGAAUGCGAUAUCACUGGACAUGUUUGGGAGAUUGAGACCAUUUCGCACAGCAAGAUCAAGUCUCGCGCACCGCCAAAGCAUCUUGUGGAUCGUGUCCAUCCGCACCCGUUCUAUCGAUCACAAUUAGAAACCAAUCACCGUCUUCUCGUGUGUUCCAACGAAGGCGUCUUCGAGUUUGCACAAAUCAAUGCUGUGGAAGCACUCCGAGAAGCGUUGUUUGACGGAGGUGUUGAGGGAAACGCAACACUUCAACUCUGGCAGAAAAUUGGACCCACUGAAAUUUUGAUUCUCGCUUUCCGAAUCCUGGUUUCGGACACCCCGAUCGAUGAGAGGAUUCGCGGAAAAGCCGAACAACUACUAUACAGUAUUAAGGAGAAUCCAGAGAUCAUUGAUAAUGGAAGGCUUACUGAUCAAUCGACAUGGUCACCCAAUGAUAGUAGUAUGGCUGAGUGGAGGCACCGCAUGAAGACUCCACUGUUAUCCUCGACACCCAGAAAUGAUGCCCGUAAUGGUCAGACCCUCUAUAGUUCCCCAUUCUCGCCGGCAUUAGACAUAUCUGUCGCUUCUGGACAUCAUGCCAAUAUGAAGUUGUCGACGACUCGACGUCAUGAUGCUCUUUUCUUCUACUUCUCUCGUCUUGUCGCUCCAGUUUGGAAUGAUACGAUUUGUGAAAUUUUCAACGAGAAGCAUUUACGAAUCACAUUUGAGCCAGAAUCUAUUCUGAUGCUCAAGGAGGAGGUUCAGAAGAUUGGAAGACUCAUGGAUGACUAUCGAUUGGUGCCCAACAUGGAGUUCGGAUACACUGCAAACGUUGCGGAUCGCUUGAAUUCUGAAGCGUCAACUCUGGAGCGACAAUCGUUGAUUGGUCUUCGAAAGCUUGUCGACGCCACUGUGGAAACCCUCUCGCUCUGGCUGAUUGCUUACGAGCACAAUCUCGCAGCGAUUUCUUCGGGAAUGAAUCCACAACUCUUGCCAAACUUCUGCUCCCGAAAGCUUGCUCAUUUGGUAUCCGACGGAAGCAAUUUGAACGCAGAGCUCAUCCGUGCCAUGAUAAAAUACUUCCUUGGCGAUGAAGCAGGAACGAAAACUCUAUCCGAGAAUCUCCGUCAAAUGUGCCCCAAUCUAUAUUCCGAAGAUGACGCAUGUGUCACUUUCGCUAUGGAACAGUUGGAAGCUGCCAGAAAGCAAGGCGCUGGAUCCGCUCGCCGUCGAUUAGUACAAACAGCAGUGGAUAUGUUCAAGCAGUCUAUUGGAAAAGUCGUUUUGGUAUCUACUUGUCAGCAGCUGGCGGAGAGUGUAGAAGCUUACGAAGCUAUUGUGGAGCUGUGCCUUCUGAGGGCAGCCAAGGAUGACCCGAAACAACUGGCACUGUUAGCUUACAAGCAUGGAAGGAAUGGAUCAGAUGCAGAGAUGUUGUCGGCUGAGAAGAAACGAUCCGAUUGCUACAGAGUUAUAACCGACGAACUGGAGAGACUUGAUGAAGAAGCAACAUCAGAAGUUCCUCGUGAUGCCGCCGUCAACCGAGAUUUGAUGAUCAACGCGGUUCUCAAUUCAGAAGAUCAACUUGCGCAUGCAGCCGUCUUCCGUUGGCUCUUGACCAAGAAUAAGACGAACGUGAUUCUGCAGAGCAAGUCACCAUACAUCGAAUUCUUCCUUGUUCAAGAAAUCAACGCCGGCCGCGGACAGAAAUAUUUCGAUUUACUGUGGAGGUUCUACGAGAAGAGUGGAAAUUACGAUAAGGCGGCGCGUCUGUUGAGCAAGCUAGCAGAAAAUGACAAUUGGAAGAUGGGAUUGACACAACGAUGCGCUUAUCUUUCUCAUGCCAUUCUCUGUGCUCAGUCAUGCAAGGAUUCAACAGUAACGGCUAACAUUGAUGAGCUCCGUGAUCGCUUGGAUGUUGCUAAUGUUCAGAUGAGAAUCAAAGACGCAUUGAGUAAUUCACGCAAUGAGGAGCUCGUCGCCAAGUUAGAUGGUCCAAUACUAUCUCUCCAAGAACUGCUGCUUCAAUUCGUUGUUCCAUUCAAGAUGCACAAGAUCAAGCUCGCCCUACUUCACUGCGCCGGAAUGUAUGUUGAAGAACAUAUAUUCGAAACAUGGGAGAACAUCAUCCAAGACGAAUUCACAACUGCACACAACGAGGAUGCUCUCUGCGAUCAGCUGGCGAACACAAUUGGAGAGCUCUUCCAAGUCUAUAGAGACACUAAAUACUUCCCGAAGGAGUUCAUCAUUCGUCGGAUAUUGGAAAUCGGCUCGGGCGGCGUCACUGGCGUAGGACAAACACAACGGCUCGUUCUUCCACCCAGCUUCUAUCCACUUUUGUGUCGAAAGAUAGAGCUCACGAAUUGCGAUUUCUUGAAGAUUGCUUCCGAGGAAUUCAGAAGCGGUGGUGAUGCCUGGUGGACACACAAUUCACGUGGACAAGAGUACAUCACCAAAGUGGUUUUGAAGCUCACAAGAACUGUUAUCAGAGAGUUGGAGAGUGCGCCAACAACGAUGAGCAGAAGAUCAACAGCUCGCGAGUGUCUCACUCACAUCCUCCCAUUCAUCCGUCGUUCGUGUGACGUCUCCGCUGCAUUGAAUCUCCAAAGUCUUGGCAACGAGCUCACCGCUCUCCAGAACCGACUCUCCGAACUGUCAAACUAA